AUGGUGUCUCCGAGCCAUUUGUUUCUCUGCCUUGCUCUGUCGCUGGGUGUCUCUUGCUACCCGUUCCGCGUCGCAACACAGCAGAAUGAACGACGUUCGGAACCACAGUCGUCAGCACACCCGACGGUCUACUCGCCCGUAGUCCUUGCCGAGCUGUGCCAAGAGCCAUCGAAUUACUGCAUCUAUGUCGACCAGAAUCGCCCUGGUACGCUUCGAGCGUCGGCGGUAAACGCUACUGAUUCCCAAGGAGCGUUUCUCUUCGAGCGAUCGGCUUAUGCGCACGAUCCGUUUCGGAUUUGCUAUGCUGGCAGCUGUAUCGAUCUCGACUUUGCGCGCAAACCAGGCUGCGUCUCUAUGCAAUACGUCAGUCGACACAGUGACCAAGUGGGCCAUCUGCUCGCCCGGUUCGCCAACGAUGUUCACCACAUCCUAGGUCCCAGAGCUGACAUGUGGAGAGAACUCGACGCGUGUGCAACGCCCGAGGACCCGGCUCUACCGUACGCCGUCAUCGGUGCCAGAGGCAGAGACAAGAACAAGGACCGCCAACAAAUAUCCGCACAACUCCCGUCAAGCAAUCCCAACAACCUCACACAGGACCACACCGGAGAAGGCCAAAACCCAGCCUCACAGGCUUCCGUAGCCCCAACUCAGGACAAACCCGGCCAUGACUACUUCGACGACGUCACCGUCCCCCUCGCCGAUUUGUAG